AUGAAAUGGAAUUAUAAUUGCAGGCGAAAGCAACUGGAGGAUGUGCAGUCUAGAAUAGACCUGAUAGAGCGCACGUUUGGAAACCUCUGCUCAUGGUUUGGCAGCUACCACAGAAAUCUCGCCAAAUGUCGUGACAAAAACGACCUGAUAGCCAAAGAGUUGAACACAUAUGCCACUCUUGAAAACCUCAACAUGUCAACCAAAUCCUCUCUUGUCGAGUUUGCAAAACAUUAUUCAUCUGUGCAAGACCAUCUUGACAUCAAAAUAGACAGAUUGAGAACGAACGUCAUUCAUCCACUAUCGACCUAUGAUCAGUCAUGCAAAGCAACUAAAAAAUCAAUAAAGAAAACUUAUGGUGCUCUGAAGAAGGAGAUGCAAUUGAAGAAGCAAUUGGAUCAGUACCAGAGGCACAACAAUCAUCAUCACGUGUUAAAGAACAGCAUCAACAAUGCAGCAGCCAAUCUCUCUAAGCUCAGUCACGAACUGGAGGAACAAAUUGAAGUUUUUGAAAGGAAUAAGCUGCAGGACAUCAAGAAAAUUUUGUUGUCUCUAAUUGGAGCGGAGAUAGACUUCAACACGAAAUCCCUUCAAUUUCUGACCUGCUGCUACAACGAUCUUGAGUCAAUGAAUGAGGACGAGGAUUUUGAUGUUAAUAAUAUUUUGCAACAUUCGCCGUUAUGUUUACCUUAUUUUGAAUGGUUUGAAUGA